AUGGAGAAAAUUAGAGUAGGACGUCAACUGGUUUGCUAUGGAAGAGAAGCAGAGGGAAGUGCGGGCGUGCCUGAGAUUUUCCUGUCGGUCAUUUUUUUUCGCCGGGAACCAGAAGGAGGGGCGGCGGGGAGGGAAUUGUCAAUUGAAGGAGGGGCGGGACCGUCCAACUGCAUCUUCCCUCUGCUCCCCUUCUCCUCCUCCGCCCUGCUCUUCUUCUCUCUACCUCUCCGCACUCUCACGGUGACUGAACCCACUGCUGUUUUUGUUUUCUUUCCCUGCUUGCAUCGGAGCAAUUCCAUUUCGGGGGAAAACACGUGCUAG